AUGUCGACUGUCGAGACGACUGUACGUGAGUGGGCUCAAUAUAACGAAGUGAGAGUUGGAGAGGACAAAACAGAGGUAAAUGGGGAAAAACAAGCGGCAGAAUCGAGUAGAUGGUAUCCACCCCCACAGGGAGUUAUCAAGUUAAACUCUGAUGCAGCUUUGGAGCAAAAGGAGAGGAGAAUAGGCUCGGAGGUGGUGGCCAGAAGGGAGGAUGGGGAGAUGGUUGGAGCUUGGGCAGGAGGUGAAAGGAGAGACGGAAACCCAACAGUGGAGGAAGCCUUAGCUAUCAGAAAAGCUGUCAUCAAGGCAAAGCAGAGGGGCUGGAACAAAGUGGAAAUCCAAUCUGAUUGUAAACAGAUGGUUGAUAAGCUCAAGGAUAGGAAUAAUGAAGACCCAAUUACGGGGACUAUAUUAGCUGAUAUACUGAUGUUAAGCCAAGAGUUUGAUGAAUGUUACUUCUCAUUUGUUAAAAGAGAUGCUGUCUCACAAGCUGGCAAAAUUUGCCAUAAGCCUGUAUGA